GACGUCACCGCGCGGCGGCUACGGCGGCUGAGGAGGCGCCAUGAUGGCGGCGGCUCCCGCGGCCUCCGCCGGGGCCUUGGUGCCCGUGGCGGCCGAGAGGGAGGCAGCGGCGGCCCGGCCGGCCCCCAAGAAGAUCCUGGACGAGGAGGCGUACAUCGAGAGUUUAGAGAAGAUCAUUCAGCGGGACUUCUUUCCGGACGUGGAGAAGCUGCGAGCGCAGAAGGAAUAUCUGGAGGCUGAGGAAAACGGUGACUUGGAGAAGAUGAGGCAAAUCGCUAUUAAGUUUGGCUCCUCGCUGGGCAAAUCGUCGAGGGACACCCCUGUGCCGUAUGUUACUCCGGCCACAUUUGAAACCCCAGAAGUGCAUCCAGGCGGUCUUCCACUGGGGAAUAAAUCCAAAGCUGGCGUCAAAGCUGCAGAGGAAGGAGAAGCAGAAAAAGGUGAUAAAGAUGCACUUCCCAAUUUGGACAGCUUCUUAGCAAAACACACAAGUGAAGAUAAUGCUUCAUUUGAGCAGAUCAUGGAAGUGGCCAAAGAGAAGGAGAAAGUCAAGCAUGCUUGGCUGUACAAUGCAGAAGAGGAGUACACCCAGCGACGAAAUGAAAACCUGGCACUUCCUUCAGCGGAGCAGCAAGCCCUGGAGAAUGUGAAAGCUGGGCUGGAGACCUGGGAGUACACUGCUCGAAACACCCUCAUGUAUUAUCCAACAGGUGUACCUGAUGAGGAGGAUACAUUUAAGAAGCCCAGGGAAGUUGUCCAUCGAAACACUCGUUUUGUGAAGGACCCUUUUAGCCAAGCCGUGAGCAAAUCCCAGCUCCAGCAAGCUGCAGCCCUCAAUGCUCAGUACAAACAGGGCAAAGUGGGACCAGAUGGGAAAGAGCUGAUACCCCAGGAGUCUCCAAAAGUGAAUGGAUACGGAUUUGUGGCUACCCCCUCUCCCGCCCCUGGUGUGAAUGAGUCUCCUUUCAUGACAUGGGGUGAAAUCGAAACCACCCCUUUGCGUCUGGAUGGGUCGGAAACGCCGUAUGUGGACCGAACACCUGGACCAGCUUUCAAGAUCCUGGAGCCUGGGCGUCGUGAGAGGUUGGGACUCAAGAUGGCCAAUGAAGUGGCAGCUAAAAACCGAGCAAAGAAGCAAGAGGCUCUUCGAAAAGUCACGGAAAACUUGGCCAGCCUCACUCCAAAAGGACUAAGCCCAGCAAUGUCACCGGCUUUGCAGCGACUAGUAAACAGGACUGCAAGUAAAUACACUGACAAAGCCCUGCGAGCCAGCUAUACUCCUUCCCCAGCCCACACGGGAACGCCUGGUUACAAGACCCCAGCAAGCGGGCCUCAGACACCCACAGGCACCCCACAGUCUAGGACAGUAUCUCAGACACCAGUAUCUCAAGACACUACAUCAAUCACAGACAAUUUACUGCAGCUUCCUAAAAGAAGGAAGGCAUCUGAUUUCUUCUAAAUUUUCCAGUCAUCAGCAAGGCAGUAGCGAACUGUCUGUGCUCAGCUUGCUGCAAGCUGGAUGUUGUGAGCCACCAGUAGUAAGGGGUAUCUAGGUACAGCUGCCAGAGCAGAAAGCAGCAGUCACUAGAUCUGGGACCAGGUCUAGACUAUUUGGCUGAAGUAGCUUCGUGAUGUGCUUUUGAAGGCAAAAUAUCUCCUGCUGUGGUAUAACUUCCCUCUGAACUGCACGGAUGUGUUACACGGGGCUGCUGUAUCGUAAGGAUGCUUCCUGCAAUGGCAGAGAAGAGUCUGGACUCUUAGAAAACAGCGAUAAUUUUUUAAAGAUAUAUUUCUCUUUUUUAAGAUGGCCAUGCGUUUAAAUACAUUUCUGUACAGAUAUAUCUAUUUAUAAAAUGUGGUAAGCCUUCCUAAAAGGCUGGACUGGA